AUGAACUUCACGAACUUCACGAAUUCGGCGGACUCGACGUUGUCGCCGCUUCGGCCUCCGGCAUGGCCGACCUCUCCGGAUUCGACUGGCGAAGUGGCGACUCGAGGCGGUGACGAGGUCGAGUCGUUUGUGCCAAAGACGCAGACAACCGAGCACGAGAAACCUUUAUCCGCCGACUCGACGUCAACCCGGCGCCACCAGAUCACCGGCGGUGACACAGAUUCACCGAGCUUCGUCACGACGACGGAGCACAAUCGCAUCGUCGUCGGCUCGACUGGCUUGAUGGUGGCGACGGCGACGGAGAUGCCCAUCCUCGUGACGACGGAUCAGAAGUCGACGGCGGGUGCCAAUAUUUCUCUGGCCGUCUCGAGACGGCCGUGGCUGGUCGUCAACAGCAAAGUGCAGGAGUCGCAGACUGCCGACAACACACGCGCUAAUUUGGCGCUGUUCGGGCUCAUCUGCAGCGGGUUUCUGCUCCUCUUCAUUGUCGGAUGCAUCCUUUUUCUUCUCAGUCGUUCGGUGAGUGUUUAUCUUUCCAACCAAACUUGA